AUGGUUUCUUCUUAUCGUCAUCUACUUUUCACUUUAUUCAUUUUGAUUAUAUCACAGACAUUAGAGACAACAACAAAUAUUUGGCAAUCAUUUUUUGAUGUGUCUAAUCUUGGUCUGGAGUUUUCUCCUGCUGAUGAACAAGCUCUUCUUCUGUUGGAUACUACUGCCAGGUCACUUUUGAACUGUGCUCAAAUGUGUGAAAUGAUUGCACGAUGUCGUACAUUUAAUUAUGAUAUUCAAAUGAAACAUUGUCGUCUUUAUCAAGGUGAUAUUGAUAGCACAGGUGAAGUUGUUUCAUCUGUUUCUUCUCAAUCAGUUUGUGGAUCAAUAAAGCUCAUUAUGGAAAAUUUUGCUGAUUAUGGUGGCCCUUGUUCGAUUUGUGAUGGUAGUCGAUAUUUAACAUGUAUGAAUUCUACUUGUCAAUGCCAACCUAAUACAUUUUUCAAUGGAUCAAUGUGUCGCAGCCAGAAAUUAAUUGGAGGUGGAUGUACAUUUGAUAAUCAAUGUCGCAAUGAUCUCAAUCUGAAAUGUCUACUAAACAAUCAAUGUGGAUACAAUCUCACCAUGAACUACACGAUUACUACUACUCUCACUACGUGGACUGUUAGCGAUAGUUCUACUGGCAGUUCAUCAACAAUAAGUACAACUACAAUUAGUUCGUCAACUACAAGUGAAACUACUAGUAGUUCAUCCACAACAAGCACAACUACUAGCACUAUAUCAACUACAAGUACAACUACUAGUAGUUCAUCAACUACAAGCACAACCACUGGCAGUUCGUCAACUACAAGCACAACCACUAGCAGCUCAUCAACUACAAGUACAACCACCAGCACUACAUCAACAACAAGUACGACUACUAGCAGUUCAUCAACAACAAGCACAACUACGAGCACUAUAUCAAAAACAAGCACAACUACUAGUAGUUCAUCAACAAGUGUCAGCACCACCUCAACUACUACCACUACAUCAACAACAACAACAACCAGACGACCUUGUAAUUCUUCAUGUACCAACCAAACAUGGAACUCAUUAUCUAAUCGGCUAUCUCAAUGGCCAUUCGAUGGAAAUUUUGUUGACCAAAUGAAUAAUUAUAAUGCAACACCGACUAAUAAUAUUAUGUCAUUUACUACAAGUGGUUAUGUUAAUCAAGCACUUAUAUUCAAUACCAGUUUUUAUGGGAAUGACUGUACAGGUACUACACCGUUAACAGUGAAUACAUGGAUACAUGCAGCAUUUGUGUUUGAUUUAACAGCACUAACACAAAAAGUUUAUUUAAAUGGAGUAUUAGACAGCACUUGUAUUGUGUCAUCUGGAUAUACUGGAGGAACAUAUAAUACCACCAUUGGAUAUAUUUCAUUAUUUACGGCGGCUAGUGGUGCUUCCCCUUUUCAGGGUUAUAUGGAUCAAAUGACAGUUUCAAAUCGAGCCAAAUCAUCAUGUGAGAUAUUAGAAAUAGCAACAUUAGUCGCUUAUUUUACUUUCGAUAAUGGAUUAUUUCUUAAUGAUUCGGGUCCAAACUCUCUCCAAGCUACAUCAAACUCAACAUCAUCUACUGCAUCUGGUCGAUUUUUUCAAGCAAUCUCUUUUACUGGUUCAAAUUCUUCUUAUUUUCAGAUGAGUGAUUUUACUGCACUGGGAAUAUCCAACAGACCAUUCUCUAUUUCUCUCUGGAUUCGACCGAUCUCUCUUCGUGGUAUUAUCGUUCUUAUCUCAUCCACAGGAUAUGUAUAUUGCUCACCACAUUUUGGUUUUUCUAUUAAUGGUACAGUUAAGGCACAAAUAUUUAAUGGAACUGGUUUCGUCGCAGUUACUGAUUCUACACAUUCUGUUGCAACAUCAAUCUGGUCACGUCUCGUUGAAACAUGGAGUUCAACAAAUGGUAUUCGUCUCUAUAUCAACAAUGUUCUUGUUGCAUCAAAUCUUAUCUCAGCUGGAUCAUAUCUAGGAAAUGGAUCGCCUCAUUAUAUUACUUUAGCUAAUGGUUUAAGUGCUGCGUCACCAUGCUUUGGAAACCAGGUGACUGCAAUGCCAUUUCAAGGAGAUAUUGAUGAUUUUCGUGUUUAUAGUCGAGAAUUAUCUACCAAUGACGUCUGUGCACUAUACAGUAAUUGA